UAUAAAUAUGCAUGGAGGAUCUCUAUCCGAUUUUCUUUCGUGUCAUGACCUUCCAUUCCCUUGGGGCCUCUUUCUCGCCUCGAAUUGAGUACCUCAAUUUCCUUUCCUUGUCCCGUUCUUGAUACAUUACACUAGUACCUGAUAACCCUUCUUGUCUCAUCUGCCGGUGGACGAUAAUCAUUCCUAAUCCCCAUAUAAAUUUAGCACCCCUUUUGGGCUUUUCUCAUCCUACAGAGUUUUUUUUUGGGACUUGGGUUGAUCGGAGGAAAAAGAAAAAAAGGAAUCGAAAAUGGAUCAUUCAGCGGAUGCACAUCGGACUGAUUUGAUGACCAUAACAAGGUAUGUGUUGAACGAGCAGUCCAAACAUCCUGAGUCUCGCGGGGAUUUCACUAUCUUGCUCAAUCACAUUGUUCUCGGCUGCAAGUUCGUUUGCUCUGCUGUUAACAAGGCAGGCUUGGCCAAGCUCAUUGGGCUAGCUGGUGAGACGAAUGUGCAGGGCGAAGAGCAAAAGAAACUUGAUGUUCUGUCAAAUGAAGUUUUCGUCAAAGCAUUGGUCAGCAGCGGCCGAACAUGCAUUCUUGUCUCUGAAGAAGAUGAAGAGGCAACAUUUGUGGAGCCAUCAAAACGGGGAAAGUAUGCCGUUGUGUUUGACCCCUUGGAUGGAUCCUCCAACAUUGACUGUGGAGUUUCAAUUGGAACUAUCUUUGGGAUUUACAUGAUGAAAGAUGAUGGUGAGCCAAAAUUAGAAGAUGUACUGCAGCCUGGGAAGAAUAUGGUUGCCGCUGGCUAUUGCAUGUAUGGCAGCUCUUGCAAUCUCGUUUUGAGUACUGGAAGGGGUGUUAACGGAUUUACUCUUGAUCCAUCACUUGGAGAGUUCAUAUUGACCCAUCCAGAUAUUAAGGUUCCCAAAAAAGGCAAGAUUUACUCUGUCAACGAGGGGAAUGCUUCAAAUUGGGAUGUUGCAACAGCUAAAUUUGUGGAGAAGUGCAAGUUUCCAAAAGAUGGUUCUCCAGCUAAAUCACUAAGAUACAUUGGAAGGUAAUAAAGCACCAAUGUUGAAAGUAUUUAACUUUUUCAUCUCUGUUUGAAAGAACUGCUUGAGCAAUGCAUAACAAACAACUGGAUGGUAUCAGUAAACUAGUGAUAACAUUUGCCAGAUAACAACAAACAAAUUUAAUAAUUAGAUCACUAAUUGAUGUAACCAUGACAUAUUGAGUCUCUAAUCUGAACAGAUGGUUCAAAGUCCAAUCUAAUUCUAGAACUAGAGAAGUUUUAGGUCAUAGAGUUCAUAGAUAAGUUUAUGUGUUUACUUACGUUUAUGCAUGUAAGAAAAACUUACGGGAUAAAAUUGUUUUUUUGUUUUGUGCUUACUUCUGUGUAUGUGUGAAUUCAUAAUGUCUAGUAUGUCAAAGUGAAUAUUUCAAGGACCCUGUUUAGUACGGCAUUAUGGCAGUGCUUAAUGUAGUGUCUUCUUUCCACAGAAAUAAAUAUACAGUAAGAUUCUAACUUAUGGUUGAUAUUCAAACCUUUUAGCAUUCAAGUUACAGUGUCUCGCACUAUGGUUUGGGUCUGGGGCUGAACCUGGGGGAGAUAAAAGCAAUGUUGGUUGUUGUUAUAAACAUCCUAAAGUACAAUGAUGGUCCUUGGGAAUCAUUACGACAAUUCUUCAUUGCUUCUGUAGCAUGAUAAACUAGCUUCUUGAUCUUCAUUGAUACAGAGAAAAGUUUUACUGCUGUCAGUUGUUCUGAAAAUGCAACUUAAAGCCUACCAUAUCUUCCCUUCUUCCUCUCCCAUAAGGAUUGAAAAGUGUUAACACCAUUGCCCUUUUAAGGAAGUGUCAAGUUGCUUAAUCUGUAUUCUUUAUGUGGUUAGUUGAUGGCUACAUUUUAUGUCAUCUUUCUCCUUGCUUCUCAUAUUGCAGUAUGGUGGCUGAUGUUCAUCGCACUUUACUUUAUGGUGGUAUCUUCUUGUACCCUGCUGAUAAGAAAAGCCCCAACGGGAAAUUGCGGUAAGUGGUGUGGUCCCUUGAGUCUAAAAUUCACUGCAGCCAGAUCCUAACAUUUUGAGUGAGAUUGAACCAAUAAAUAUGGUUCUUAUGUAACAGAGUUCUAUAUGAGGUCUUCCCCAUGUCUUUCUUGAUGGAACAAGCUGGAGGGCAGGCAUUUACAGGAAAGGAGCGGGUAUGAUAACUGCUUUUUUAGUUUCUGCAAGCAAUCUAAUUGGUCUCCGUGGGAAUCUGAAAAGAUGCAGAAAAGAGAAAGUUUCUUCUACAUGAACCUUAUCAUCCUUCCCUGAAAAAAUUCUAUUACAUUUUUUAUGUUGAGUUGUCCCUGAUGCCCCUGAUGUUAUUGAUAUAUAGCACAAGUUGAUGGAAGAAAAAUAAUGUGAGGAAUUUUCUUCUUCGCAGGCUCUUGAUCUAGUGCCGAAGAAGAUUCACGAGCGAUCACCAAUAUUUCUCGGCAGCUAUGAUGAUGUUGAGGCUAUCAAGGCAUUGUAUGCCGAACAGCAGAAGGAAUAAGUAUGUAGAAUGACGCCUUUGCAGAUUCAGAGGUCCUUACUGCUAAUUACUUCCAGCAAACGAAUUGUUCAUUCUGAUUUUCUGGGAACUCAGAUUACUGAUGAAUGUUGAUAAAAUGUUGUCAAUAUUGCAAUGGUUGUCCCAACAAAUAUAUGGUUCCAGAAUGCAUACAUCAUUAUACAUUUUACUGAAAUGAGCGUUUUAGAUUCAACCAAUCAUUUCUAUCCAGCUUUCCUUUACCACCUGAUGAUGAAAUUUCUAAUGUAACGUUGCUAAGUUGGAUCUGGUAGAAUUUUCUUUCUGAUAGGAUGUUGAAUCUUUAUCCACCCUUCAAUUUUUCAUUAGUUAAAUACUGAUUCCCAAACUUCCUUACUGCAAUUUGAAUGAAGGAGGUCAAUACAUUUGAUUGAAAAGUCCACUCGUUUCUUAAGGACGAAUAGUCCAUCUGUAGACUGUUUUUGUUUUAGCACAAAAAUGAAG